GCCAGACGCCUACUUCUCCCCUCACCGCGUUCCACCAUGUCCGAAAAGUCGCAAGCUUUCGCGGCAAAGCUUAAAAACGAAGGAAACGUCUUGUUCACAAAGAAGCGGUAUGCCAAUGCCUAUACCAAAUACUCUGAAGCAAUCGUACAGGAUGAGCAGAAUGCUGUACUCUUUGCCAAUCGAGCAGCGUGCUCUCUGCACCUGGGAAAAUACCUUGACGCGUCGAUGGACUCACAUAAAGCCGUGAGCCUGGAUCCGUCGUAUUCAAAAGCGUGGGCGCGUCUUGCAAAAGCGGAGGCUGCUCUUGGAGAGUAUGAAGAGAGCGCCAAGCAUUGGGAGAAAGCAUUGUCGACGCUUCCCACCGAGAACCUCACUCCAGCUGAACUCAGACAGAAACAGGAGUUCACUGCAGAACUGAAGAUAAUGAGGGAGAAGGUUAAAGCACUCAAACAAGGAGAAACAGCAGCCUCGCUGUCUGGCGUAAUCCCUGAUCAAGCACCUUUUCGCCGUGCACUGACCAUGGAAUCUGAGUUGCGAAGUCGCAGUACCGAAAAACAAGGAAGUAGUCGCAUCGAUAUAGCUUGGGUUUUGCUUGAAGCAUAUAAGGACUUCAGUAAUGGCAUAAACAACAUGAAGGCCUUAAAUCAACAAGCUUCAGGUCCUACUACGUUUACAGUGGGACACUUAGGUCCUCUCACGGACAUCACAAAUGGAAUCUUGCGGGAUUAUCGCGUGUUCCAUAUCGAGGAUCCUAAUUUCUUGGAUGUGUACAACAAACAAGUGAUAUUCGAAGCGCAGAAGUGGGGUGCUCUGACUGAAGGAGGCCCCGAGCACAUCACGUCGGAGAUGUUGAAGCUUCAACAAAGCGAUGGGUGGAAUGUAGUUCGCCCUGCUUUAUCAACCACGAUGCGAGCAUAUUUCAUGCGAGGAUUCCUAGAAGGACGCCUGAAACGAAAUCAUGAAGCUGAGUAUGAAUUCCUUGAACGUGUCCUGGAGAUAUUGCACUGGGGUAAUACGGGUCCUUGGAAGUCUGUGUCAACCAAAGACAAAGGUGUCAUCUUCGAGAAGACGUUUAUUCGAGGCAUCCGUGUCCUGCACAUGGAGGCAUGUAUGAAUGUGUAUGCCAAGGGUCCCGGUCCAAACGGUGCAUCCCUUAUCAAGAAGAUGUCUGCCGAAGCUAAGGGAGUUUUACGCGAGUUGGAAUCUGCUGAGGAGGAGAUUGCGGGCAAGACCCUUGACCCCGGUUUUGUCUCAUCUUUCUACAUCUAUCCGAGAGGUUACGCACAUGCGAUGAUCGGCUUCUGUAAUUUGCAGAUGGUUUCUCUCGUGGAGCGGACGGUCGAAGCCAUCGAACCACGCUUGCGUCAAGCCGCCAAGUCGUACUUGGAAGCGGCAGACCAUUUCCCAAUAGACGACGAGAAUCAUGUUUGGUUCCUGAACAGCGCUAUUACAAGCCUAUGGAGAUGCGGCACGCCAAUUAAAGAUACUCUACCCAUCAUGGAGAGAAUACGGCUUGCGAUUCCCGAGAUGAAGAAGAUCUGGGAACAUUCUGCUAUGUCGCAGUCAGGUAGAGAUCAGGCUCUACAGCGUGUCUUGUGGGCAGAGGAAGAUGUGCUCGAAGGGUUGGCCAGUGGUUAUCUUUCCUUUUCUCCGCCAUGCGAAGAGAAAGCAUGGGAUAGAGGUCACUAGCUUUCUUGGUACACGAACGGGCUGAGUCUGCUAGUGGAUUGCAUCUCGUUGUGCGUCCUUACCCCUGUAUUUCGAUAAGGCUCCCAUCCUGCAAUAUGUAGCAUUCAUUGCUUCGAAUACACCCACCCCUCGUUCUUGACUGUUUACCAUUCCGGGACGAGAGCUUCACUUCGGCAACAUCCGUCCAGGAUCCCAUAAAAAGCAUUCACUCGAACUUCCCUUUUUUCUCUCUACGACAAGCUUCCAAUCCAACCUCGCUAGUCUCUACCGCCAUACCGACAGUCGAGGUCUGGGGCCGGAUACUUUCCUCCCUCGAAGAGCGCCUUUUGAAUUAUUCAGAGUGGUGCUUGAGGCCGCGUGGAGGUGGUUUGUUUUGUCAGAUUGACUUGGAUGUUGGGAUUACGGCAUCCUACAUAUAUUUCGAACAUUUUUGAGUAUAAAGUGUAACACUGUGG